AUGGCAAAGGAGCGUGGGACACGUGCUCCAGGUGUGAGUGGGCUUUGCCUUCUAUUCGCAGCAUGCGCGAUGCUGCUGAACCAGGUGUUCCUCGCCGUGAUCUUCCCACUUCCGGAUGGCGAGGCGCCUGAACAGAACCAGCUUUCUGCAGAGACUGGCUUUCCCUCGCUGCGGCUGAAGCCCGCGAGCCUUGCUCCGGGCUUCAGCGGCUGCUCGGAGACCCGAGGGGGGGUUUUGGCAGAGCCGGAGGAAGCCACAGCGUGGAAAGACAUUGCCAACCCGCUAGCCAAGCUUUCACCGGCAUCCUUGAGGCUGCUGCCGAGACCAGAGGACAAUGCGCCUACUGGGCAUCAUUGGCUGACCUUCGGCAUGUCCUCUAUCAAGCGGCCGAAGGCAUCAUAUUUGGAGAUCACCUUGUCCAGGCUGUUCAACGUAUUGGAUCUGGAAGAAGCCGCAACUGCGAUAAUCGUGCAUUUAGCAGACUUCGACGAGGAGUGGGUGCUGAAUACUGCCAGCAAGCUGAAUGAAGGAUUCACCGACGAAGUCUUGGAGGGCGACUUGCAUGUCAUACAUGCGCCGCGUGAUAUCUACCCGCUGAAACAAGCCAAUGUGGAAGCUUUCCGACUUUCUGGCUUUAAGCAGACUGAACUGAACGAGAGAUACACUAGACACGCGGAUGCUGCAACUGAUCGCGUGUCCUACAGAUCUGCCAGUGGCAUGUACGUCCUCGUCUGGUGUGUUCAAAGAACCAACGUGGUUCAUCGGCGCUGGGUGCUGGUCGCGUCGCAGGAUGUGGAGGCCGCUCAGUCAACAGGAGAUUGCAAAGCUCGUGCUCGAGCACCAGAGGAGUUGGAAGUUCUGGACGAGAGUGUGCGAGGCUGGGAGGAGAAGUUGGAUGGUAACUGGAUCACGGCCACUGCUGUCAAGCUGUCGCACUUCGUGAAUGAGAAGGGCGUGCUGCUCAAGUUUGGUGACAGCCCGAAGAGAACUUGGUGGCGGACAAAGCAGAAUCUGGACUAUACAUUCCUGAUGUGGUACGCAUCGAACAUGUCGGAGUACUAUAUGCAACUGGAAGAUGAUGUCCAUCCGGUUCCAAGCUUUGCUGCCUUUGUGCGAAGUGCCCUCGAAAGGUCCUUGAUUGGCAACCCCUGGGUUAUGGCCUCCUUUUCAGGCCUGGGUUUCAUCGGCAAGUUGUUCAACAACACACACCUCCCGAGUUUGGCGAAUUUCCUGCUCACCUACAGCGAGGAGGCCCCUUGCGACUGGCUGGUUUGGUGCUGGAUCGAUGUUUGGAGCUCUACUCCUGCAACUGCCGAACUACCCCAAGACGUGGAGAAGGACGCCAACAAGAAGGCAGAGGCCGCCAAGAAGGGACCAGAGGCCGUGAAGAAGCUGCCAGCGCUGCGGAGCGAACUCUCCGCGUAUUACCUGGACAAGUCGCUGCCCCGGGUCUUCCUGUUGGAUGAGGUGUUUCAAAAUGCCUCAAAGCCCAAGAUCGACGCAAAUGGUGUUUCCAGCUCAAGAUAUCCCAGGGCAACGGUCGAAAGUACUAUGAAGACGUACCAGCACUACACUCCUCAAGCUGCCUACCCACCGGGCGACCCACUGGGAUUCUGGUCGGCGGAUACCUGCUCAGAGAAGGACAAGGAUGACGUAUCUUGUGCAAGGCAGAAGUACUUCAGACUCAAGCUGAACGACGCCUUCUCCGCAGACAAAGCCCAGGUUAUCCUUCGUCAAGGCCGCAAGGGCCACGAGGCAGACUUCAUCCGAAAGGGAGAACUACGAGUUUCUCAUAGGAGCGACUGUAGCGACCCGAGCAGACUCAAAGACAUCUCCGAGCCAGAGGAGGUCUGGGAAGGCAAGCUGGAGGGUGUAACAUGCUUGGACGUCGGUCUGCGUGAAAGGCAAACCGAGUGGGUCUCGAUCCGGGAGAUAGUGUUGCAGAGUCUCGACGUCGAGAAGCAGACUUCGACUCCGACAGCUCUGCAGGAGGAGCCUCCGCCGAAGGCAGAUGUACAGUAUUCGCUACAGCAUGCUUUGUUGGCAGCACUUGUUGGUUUUUCUGCAGGCGGCGUUGCCUGGCUUGCUGUUUGGGCCUGCCAGUGUGCUUGUCGCGAUGUGACAGCAGCUUCCGGGCUACUGAGUUGGUGGACUCUGUACUACCUGGUCGCACUUGACAUUCUCAUCUACUGCUUCGUGACUCCCACCGAAUCUUCCAACCCACCGGUGGCAGUCCGUCAAGCUUUCAGCAUGCCUCGGCCUGCGCCCCCGAGGCGUUUGCAGGCUCAGUCCAUCUGCAACUCGGGAGAACCUCGCAAAGAAGCGCUGGCUCUCGACUGGCGCUCUAUGGGCUCUGGAAUUUUGAGCAUCAGUCCCCAGAAGUUGGUGCAUCUUGGCCCUGGUCCAGAUCCCCGGGACCCCAAACAGGUCCAACGUUCAAGAGGCCUCGUUUCUGUGGGAUUUAUCCUUGAUCCGACCCUGGAGCUCGCCGAGAGCAUCCUCGAGGGGCUGCUCAGCGCUGGCGACGCCGUGAUUGGGAUCCUCGUGGCGCACGGGUCCCCAGCUGCGCAGCGCGCGCAGCGCCAGAGCUUGCUUCAACGCAUCGGGGACGUGCUGCGGAAGCUCAGUCCGGACAAGCAAACGCUUGUGCACCUAUUGGAUCCUUCACCGGAUUUAUAUCCAGAGCCUUCCCGCCGCCCUGACAACAUCAAUCUGGCGCUUUUGAUCCAAUUUCUGCGGCCGCUGGCUGAGACUUUCAUGUCCCUGGAGUGGGGCAGUCCUUUGGCCCAGGACUACCCAAUGCUCAUUCAGAGGCACGUAAACCUCCUGACUUCCCAGAAGGUUCCGUGGCUCUGCAUCCAUUUCAGUAAAUUCGGUCAUCGUCGGAAGCUCAUCCGCUCCAAGAUCUUGCACCGGUGGAUGGAGAUGCUGGUGAUGUUUCCUCAAACACCAGCAGACGUAUUGUACUGGGACUUCGUUGAUGUUGUUGGCAAUCAGACAGUGCCCAAGGCUCUCGCAUUAGGUGGUGCCAAAGGCGAUCGCUCAGACAUCAGAAUACUAUAUGCCAAGGACAAAGAGGCAAUUCUCGAGCACCUCGGGGACGUUUCGUCCUUGCAAGGAAAAGUCCAACGGGCCACGGAAAUAUGGUUCAAGAAGAACCCGCUCCUGGACUCGUUGUUCGACAACCCCCCUGCAGAGCUCACCAGCAACAUGGAGGGCCGGGCAGAUCUCUUGCAAUCUCUCUACGACGACUCUGACCUCCGUGAGAAGGUCACCUGUGGUGGGCAUGAAGCAAGGCAUUGCCGCGAUUGCCCCAAAGGACAUGGUUCAAGCUGGUGCAACGUUGAUUGCGGAUGGGCUAACGGCCAGUGCAAAGCCAUCUACAAGACCGCCGACGUCACUGCACCGGCAAAGGAGGGUUCCUGGGUGGAGUUGACCUUCAAACAAGGCCAUGAUGUUGAGGCCGUCAACCUUCGAAUGGGUGGCUAUGUGAGGCCUGCCUGCGAGAAGUGCCAGAACAAAGGGGCGGAGGUUCCCGACGAUGACUUUGACCAUUCGUUGGAUGAUGCGGAGAUGCUCUUUGGGUACGGGCGGAGCGACCCCAGUGCCAUGCUAUCCUGCAGCAGAUACACGAAAAUCACAGCCUUGGCUGGGCGGGAGGUAUUCUGGCGCAGCAGCUUCAGCACACCGGUCAGAGAUGUACGGUGCAUCCGCAUCCAAGUCACCCGUGCCCAGCAGCAUCCGCUGGUGCUGCGUGGUAUCCAGGUCCGAACCACGAAGGCGAAGCAAGGGAAGGCAGUUGCCAAAGUUGCACGUGCCCCCCUUCGGCCUGGCGGGCUUGCGAGUCCAAGCCCUGCCGCCCUACGCGGAGCGCGUCAGGCAGGCUCCGGCAGACAGGUGAACGGAUGGAGUGAGCAGCACCUGGAAUGGGUUUUGCUCACUUCGCUGGCAGCUUUUGCAGGCGCCUUCGCGGGUGUCCUGGGCAGCUUGUUCAACGGCAAGCCGCCAAAACGACGUCGAAAAGUGAUGUCGGGAUGA